AUGGAGGAGAGAGCCGAGCAAGGACGCACACAGGAGAAUGGACGCAGUGACAGCACGGCCACAGAACCACGUUCCUCUCCCAGCACCAGCCUGAAGAUGUUUCUGGUGGCUCUGUCCUUUGCCUAUUUUGCAAAGGCUCUGUCGGGGAGCUACAUGAAGAGCACAAUAACUCAGCUGGAGAGGCGCUUUGACAUCCCAAGUUACCUAAUAGGUGUCAUUGACGGGAGCUUCGAGAUAGGUAAUCUGUUGGUGAUCGCUUUUGUCAGUUACUUUGGGGCCAAGCUCCACCGGCCAAAGAUCAUUGCGGUGGGUUGUGUGCUGAUGUCCAUUGGCACCUUCAUCAUCGCUCUGCCUCACUUCAUCAUUGGACGCUAUGAGUAUGAAACAUCAGUGAGGCGGGUAGUGAACUCGACAGUUAACCCCUCUCCGUGUACAAUGGGCUCACCAUCUGGCCUGACCCAAGAUGGUAAACUGCCUGAAGUACCAGCCACAAGUUGUGAAGGCGAGUCCAAUCUGUCUAUGUGGAUCUAUGUGCUCCUGGGAAAUGUCCUGCGGGGGAUCGGAGAGACACCAGUUCAACCUCUUGGGAUCUCUUAUAUAGAUGACUUUGCUACUGAGGAGAACGCUGCCCUAUAUGUGGGCUGUGUGCAGACCAUUUCGGUGGUUGGCCCUGUGUUUGGGUACCUGUUAGGGUCCCUUUGUGCCAAAAUCUAUGUGGACAUCGGAUUUGUUAAAAUGGAAACCAUCACCAUCACCCCAUCAGAUGCCCGCUGGGUAGGGGCCUGGUGGCUGGGCUACCUCAUAGCUGGGGUCAUCACCCUGCUCUCUGCCAUUCCAUUCUGGUUCCUGCCCCGCUCUCUUCCCAUAUCUGGGCCCCGUGGCCCAGACCAGUGCGCACCAGAGCAGACAAGUUUCAUCAAAGACUCUCCCCUUCUGAAGCACAAGUAUCCAGCAGACAAACAUACUAGUUUCAUAGAGAUGGCCAAAGACUUUAUUCCAACCCUGCGAACUCUGCUGGGACACCCUGUGUAUCUGAUCUACCUGUGUGUGACAAUCAUCCAGCUGAACUCUCUCAUUGGCAUGGUCACCUACAAGCCCAAGUACAUCGAGCAGCACUUCAGGCAGUCUGCCUCAAAGGCCAACUUUCUUAUGGGUGUGAUCAAUAUCCCCGCUGUGGCGCUGGGGAUGUUUUCUGGAGGUCUGCUGAUGAAGAGGCUGAAGCUCAACAUCAUGGGAGCAGCCAGGUUCGCUUUUGGCACGUCCCUGAUUGGUUACAUCCUGUCGUUGUUCUUCUUCGCAAUGAGCUGUGAGAAUGCCAAGGUAGCCGGGGUGACACUUUCAUACAACAGCAUGGAUGGGAUAUCUUAUGAUAAUCAUCCAGUGUUCACAGCCUGCAACUCAGGUUGUUUUUGUUCAGCGAGUGACUGGGACCCAGUUUGUGGAGAUAAUGGCAUCACAUAUGUUUCUCCCUGUCUUGCUGGCUGCACCAGCUCUGCUGGCUCAGGGAAAAACACAGUCUUCUCUAACUGUAGCUGUGUCGGUGUAGCUGGUAACUUUACGGCCAGUACAGGUCAGUGCCCUCACAAGGACGACUGUGACAGGAUGUUCCCGUACUUCCUGGCCCUCUCUGUCAUCACUUCCUUUAUCAUCUCCCUUGGGGGGACACCAGGCUACAUGCUUCUCAUCAGGUGCAUAAAACCACAGCUGAAGUCUCUGGCCUUGGGUUUCCAUGCUCUAGCAACACGCACCCUCGCUGGGAUCCCAGCACCCAUCUACUUUGGCGCAAUCAUUGACACCACAUGUCUAAAGUGGGGUCAGAAGAGGUGUGGGGGCAUAGGAGCCUGUAGAAUCUACAACACCACUGCAUACAGGAUUGCAUACCUGGGCCUGACUCUGAGCCUACGGACUAUCUCGUUCAUCAUUUGCAUCCCGGGCUUCAUUCUGCUCAGUCGACACCUGAAGAGGGAGGAAAGAAGUGCCAUACACGGAGCCUUGGCCAACGGCGGAACAGAGCUGGAGGCGCUCAGGAAGGAAGAGUUUGUGAUUUCUAAUUCUGACCAAUUACAGCAAACAUUAGAUAACAGCACAGACAGGGAGACACGGCUGUGA